AUGCCUGAGCACAAGUCUCUCCAUCUAACUGCGUUCAUGCGGCCCGUCAGCUUGCAUACCGGUGCCUGGCGCUAUCCCGGGGCAUACCCGGACGCUAAUUUCAAUCUAGAGCAUCUCAAGUCCUUUAUCCGCAAGCUGGAGGAUGCCAAAUUCGAUGCAUUCUUCAUGGCUGAUCAUCUGGCUGUGCUGAAUAUGCCGGUUGAUGCCCUGCGGCGUAGCCACACAGUAACCUCGUUCGAGCCAUUCACGCUCCUCUCUGCCUUGUCGGUAGUGACCGAAAAGAUUGGGCUCGCAGCGACUGCAUCCACCACGUACGACGAACCAUACCAUGUGGCCCGUCGCUUUGCGUCGUUAGACCAUCUCAGUAACGGUCGGGCCGCCUGGAAUAUUGUCACCACCGGCAACCCCGAGUCAUCAAAGAACUUCGGCCGCGAUGAACAUCGAGAGCACGGGGAACGUUACAAACGUGCCCGUGAGUUCUACAAGGUGGUCACGGGGCUGUGGGAUAGUUUCGCAGACGAUGCUUUUAUCCGGGAUCAACAGAGCGGCCUCUACUUCGACCCGGACAAGUUGCACGUGUUGGACCACCAGGGGGACGAGCUGAGGGUUCGGGGUCCACUCAAUAUCGCCCGACCUGUGCAGGGUUGGCCGGUUAUUAUCCAGGCCGGACAAUCUGAGCCCGGGCGACAGUUGGCAGCCGAAACGGCUGAGGCAGUGUUCUGCUCGCCUCGCGACCUGAAAGCUGGCCAGGCGUUGUAUGCCGACAUCAAGGGGCGGGCGAAGGCGGCCGGGCGCGAUCCACAGCACGUGAAAAUCCUGCCCGCGGCCUUCGUUGUGAUCGGCGACACUGUCGAGGAUGCUCAGGCCAAACGGUUGCGUGUUGACAGCAUGGUCCAUUACGACAGCACGGUGGCCUCGUUGUCGGUCGCCUUGGGAACCGAUGUGUCCGGGUUCGAUCCCGACGGGCCCCUACCGACAGACCUGCCCGAGACAAAUGCUAGCAAAACCAGCCGCGAGGCUGUUGUGCAGCUGGCUCGAGAGGAGGGACUGACCGUGCGCCAGUUGGCGCAGCGAUACGGUGGCUAUUCUGGACUGGCUUUUGUCGGUACCCCGGAGACCAUCGCCGACGAAUGGGAGACAUGGCUUGCGACCGAGGCAGCUGAUGGAUUCACCAUCACGUUCCCCUUCUUGCCUCAGGGGCUCGACGAUGUGACCCAGAGGCUGGUUCCGGAGCUACAGCGUCGGGGGAUUUUCCGUCGCGACUAUGAGGGCACAACAUUGCGCGAACAUCUGGGACUUCCCCGCCCUGAGAAUCGGUUUUUUGUGUAG